CUCACCUCAAGCAAUGAAAAGGAACUUAUAUCAAAUAAAUUCCCCCAACAAUGGGAGUCCCUGAUAUUUAUAAUAUAUCAUUGUUUUCGACCGAUUAAUGCCAACAUCAAUAGUUUCGGUCGUACCAUAAUCUCUACAUCGUCCUCCAAGAAAAAAGUAAUCAUAGCAGCUCGAGCAUCGAAUAACACGUGCGAAUAAUUUCUUGACAAUGCAAAGCUACAAGCAUGCCGGUCCUGUUGACUGCACUGUGGACUUUGAUCCCAGCCACUUAAAAGGGAAGACUGCGAUCGUAACCGGAGGUGCCAAUGGUCUAGGCGAAGCUUAUGUUCGUUCCCUCGUGGCGAUUGGAGUAAAGGUUUGCUUCGGCGACCUUGAUAUUGAGGGUGGGAUGAAAUUAGAAGAAGAACUUCAAGGCACAAAAUUCAUCCGAUGCGAUACAUCCAAUUGGGAUGAUCAGGUCCAGCUCUUCAAAGAAGCGGCAUCCUUUUCUCAGACAGGAAAGAUUGCCUAUGUCAUCGCAAAUGCUGGCAUCCACCGUCCCGAUGAAGUCUACUUGUAUUCUAGCAACGACCAGGAGCCACAAAAGCCCGAAUUGAGCGUCAUCGACGUCAAUAUUUGUGGAAGCUUGUAUACGACCAAGCUGGCCUUACACUACUUCAUGAAGCAAAACGGACAGAACCCGUCAUCCGUCCAGGAGGAUACAUGUCUAAUCUUGAUUGGUUCCGGUGCAGCAUUUCUGGACGUUCCUCGGGCUCCGCAGUACUGUGCCAGCAAAUGGGCUAUGCGAGGUGUCAUGCAUUCAUUAAGGAGGACGGCUUUUUACUACGGCAGUCGGGUGAAUGUGAUUUCUCCAUGGUACGUAAAAACCAAAAUUCUGUCCGAGGAGGCCUUUGCGCAUGUCUCAAAUGCUGGAGUACAAUUCGCCGAAGCAGAAGAUGCAGGCCAGUGUCUGCUGCGGAUCCUCAGCGAUAAAAACAUCAACGGGCAUUCAAUCUUUGUGUCUGGAAGGAAAUGGGCUUCACGGGGAUAUAUGGAUUUGGAUCUGGAAGACUUUUCCGGCAAUGCACUCAUCCAAGAGAUGCAAGAGGACCAGAUGAGACCGGCACCUGUUUCCAAAGGGCUCUUUAUUUAAGGUUCUAUUCCUCGACCUAAUAUCGGAUAUUGACUUUAUUUUCUCAGUAAUGCCACGGGUUCUUACUGACAUAUGUCCAUGUUCAUGACAAAUAUAUCAACUGGAAAUAUUGUAUUAUACCGAGAUAAGGGUUAUUCGGAAGUUAUGAAUGGUCUUAAACACAAUGAUAUCAGUACGUGAC